AGACACCUCCAGCGGAUCAGUGAACAGGAUCCCAACAGAGCGGAGACAGCAACAGGGACAGGAUCCGAGCUCAGUCCACAACCUAACCUUCCUCAAAAUCCGUCUUCAUCCGUGGACAAUUUAAGCGGAUCUUCAUCAAAAACAGCGAGAGCAUAAAGUACACACUUUAACCUUUCUAACAAGCUCCGUAUUAGCGCAAUAUGAGGUUAGUGGUAUUUUAAAACGAGUGGCGAAAGAUUUGCGAGAGCUGACUUCAUCCGGAGACGACACAGAGAAGACACAAUCCACCGCCCGAAGAGGCUUUAAUGUGUCGGAUAUUUGGCCUGUUCUGAUUGUAACCACACUCGGGCUUUAAACCUGAACAUUUUCUGGAUAUUUCGGAGCUAGCGAGCGUGCUUGCUGGCCGACCACAGAUUGCCUAUCAUGGAGUUGAGAGUGGGGAACCGAUAUAGACUGGGCAGGAAGAUUGGAAGUGGCUCGUUUGGAGACAUCUAUCUGGGUACUGAUAUCUCGGUUGGAGAGGAGGUAGCCAUCAAGUUGGAAUGUGUGAAGACCAAACACCCACAGCUCCACAUAGAGAGCAAAAUCUACAAGAUGAUGCAGGGUGGAGUGGGCAUUCCGACGAUAAAGUGGUGCGGGGCUGAGGGCGACUACAAUGUGAUGGUGAUGGAACUGCUGGGGCCCAGUCUGGAGGAUCUGUUCAACUUCUGCUCUCGGAAAUUCAGCCUCAAGACGGUCCUGCUGCUGGCCGACCAGAUGAUCAGCCGCAUCGAAUACAUCCACUCCAAGAACUUCAUCCACAGGGACGUGAAGCCAGACAACUUCCUGAUGGGGUUGGGCAAGAAGGGCAACCUGGUCUACAUCAUUGACUUCGGCCUGGCCAAGAAAUACCGCGACGCCCGCACACACCAGCACAUCCCCUACCGCGAGAACAAGAACCUGACCGGAACCGCCCGCUACGCCUCCAUAAACACACAUCUGGGCAUCGAGCAGUCCAGACGGGACGACUUGGAGUCGCUGGGUUACGUCCUCAUGUACUUCAACCUGGGUUCUCUGCCCUGGCAGGGUCUGAAAGCCGCCACCAAGAGGCAGAAGUACGAACGCAUCAGUGAGAAGAAAAUGUCCACUCCCAUUGAGGUCCUCUGCAAAGGCUACCCAUCGGAGUUCGCCACCUACCUGAACUUCUGCCGCUCUCUGCGGUUUGACGACAAACCCGACUAUUCGUACCUCCGCCAGCUCUUCAGGAACCUCUUCCACAGACAGGGCUUCUCCUACGACUACGUCUUUGACUGGAACAUGCUCAAAUUUGGUGCCAACAGGGCCGUGGAGGACGCAGAGAGGGAGCGGCGGGAGCGGGAGGAGAGGCUGAGGCACAGCAGGAACCCCGGAGCCAGGGGCAUGGCCUCGGCCUCAGGAAGAGCCAGGGCGGCUCAGGACGUCGCAGCCCCCUCACCACUUAAUCCCGCCUCACACACAGGUUUGGAGAAGGAGAGGAAGGUGAGCAUGCGUCUUCAUCGCGGAGCACCCGUCAACAUCUCCUCCUCAGACCUGACGGGACGCCAGGACACAUCCCGCAUGUCCACCUCACAGGCUCUGUCCCGGGUCACACCCAGCGGCCUCCAGUCCGCAGCGCCACGGUGAAACCCUCCCAUCCAUCUGUGCACCAUGGAGGCCUCAACAUGCACCACCUGCUGCACACACACACACACACACACACACACUCUCAAACACACACUCUCAAACACACACAUAUACACAUACAGGACUUAAUUGACACAGAGGACUACCAACCAUUGCACAAGAGUCUGGCUGCGCUCUUGUUCACUUGACAGAGGAAGAGGUGCACAACCCGAAGUGUGUGUGUCUGUGUGUGUGUUUGUUUGUUUGUUUGUUUGUUUGUUUGUUUGUUUGUGUGCGAGAGAGCGAGAUAGGCAGGUGGAGUGCAGUUUGGUUGUCUUAACCACCUUGGCAAAGUAGCAGCCUCCCUUCUUCCUUCUCACGUGGAAGAUGUGGAAACACUCCCCUCCUCCUCCUUACUGUUGAUGAAGCCAUGGAUUUACUUCUCUCUGGCAUCUGUUUAUUUUUUUUAUUUUUUUUUAACUUGAUUUUACUUAUUUUUGUUCAUUAGCAUUAAAACUUCUUUUACACCAGCUCCACUGAGUCAGACUUCACAAGGGUUUGAAAAUGGAGAAUGACGAGUCUGUUAGCUGUUGAAAAUAGUGUGGGACUUUUUAAUUAUGAACGCAGGAAGACACGUGAUCCAUCAUGGCAAUGUUAAAGGACAGUGCCUAAACUCUAUUUGUUUCCUGAAAGAGUCUCUAAAUCCCUUUUUUUUUUUGUAGGUGUUUUAGGUUUAAAUGUAAUAUAGAUAGGGGGAUAACCCCCUUGUUUUAAAAACGGGAUGAAAGGACUUUUAAUGUUCUAUUUUCAAAGGGGAUCCCAUAGAAUGAGUUUGGGGUUUGUCUUCUGUCCUCCUCAGGUGCAUUGGAACCAGGACGUUGUAGUAAAUCCAAAAACCCGCAGCACAUUUUCUUUCUGUCUUCAGGUUGUGACUGCAGUGUGCUGCUUGGGAAAGCUGUGAAUGGAGCAGUGAAAUAGUCAGGAUCUGUCCACACUGAAUGGAUGAGAUGUUGUUUUUAACCCGGUGCAUAGUGAUGUGGUUUUGUGUGUGUUUGUGUGGUUCUGUCGUAGGCUUAUACGAGCUCAAAUGGGUGGGGGGAGGAGGGAGGGGGGAGGUUGAACACAUUGAGGGGUUAUUUUGUUUCAAAUUUUCAACUCCUUUGCCUCCUAAACCUCACUCUAGACCAUCCAGCCGCCAGCUCCCACUUUGGGUCAAAAUGCUGUUCGCUUUUUAUGUUUUUUCCAAGCAUGCUUUUGGCCAUUUUCUACCCCAAGACCUUGUUAAACGCUGUGUCUGGUUGUGCUUCUCCAAUACUAUCCCAGCAGACGACACGGAAAUCAACCUCCACAGGCGCUUAAAUAAUGUCUUUUUCAAUGUAAUGACAAUGUAAAGGCAGUUUAGUUUUCAUUUACAUUGCAUUACUUUACAGGCAGCCCGGUUAACCCGUGGCUAAGACUGCAUCAAAACUCUACAUAAUUAUUUUUUUGUCCUUCUGGGGGAUUUUAUUGGAGUAAGCAAGAAACAGCUCUACAACGAGUUUGGUCAGAAUUGGGCAACGUCUCAAUCCAGAUCGUUUACUGUUGAGAACGCGCCGUUAGACAAUAUUUUCCCACGUGAUUGCACAGUGCACAACUGAACUGCAUGAACAGUGAUCACUUUAAAUGAGAUGUUUUGGUUGGCUGAUCAAAUUCAAGGCACACUCCACCAUUUCGGAUCAGUUUAUCAGGCAUGGGGAGUACUAGACUUCUGUUUGUUGCACCCCCAUCCAAAAACACUGGAUCACUAGCCCCUGUUACAUCUCUUUUGACCAUUCUUCUUCAGUCAUCAGUCAUAAUGUGGCCGCUACUGUUGGAUUGAUCAGCUGCGACCAACUUAGUACAUCCCGAUCAGAGGGGUCGGGUAGAAAGAUGGAGCGGUGUGCUUUAACAUCCGGGUGGAUGGAAGCAUGGAGGUUUUUGGAGAGCUGUGAGUGUUGUCUUAAGAGUCGCGACGGCGCUCGAACCGCGAGCCUCACGCAGCUCUUUCCGGUGUCCUUCCAUCAAGAGGUGGCGUGAUCCGAGCGGACGGGCCGAGCCGAUGAAUCCUGCAGAUUUUGAAGUAGAAAAUUCUCUAUGUGGUAGACUGGUUGCAAAGUAUUGUAGGCCAUUUCCUGUAGUUAAACGGGGGAAGGGGUUGUAGUGGUAAUUUGUACAUGUCUGUUCUGUUGUUGUGUAUAGGAUGUGCCUACUCUGUCUGCCGCUGUACGAUUUCGGGCAAUGACGACAGUGUACGGAGGGACUGGGAAUGCCUCACUCCAUUAGAGUUCCUGCUAAGGCAGUUUUUUUUAAUAUACUUCACCUGUGGGCUUGAAAAUUAAACAAAAAAAGUGAUGGAUUAACUUGUUUGUCUCACUGAUGAUGGCUAUGAUAAAUGCAAGUACACUUUACACGGGAGAAUAGUUUCUUUCAGUCUGUCAUGUCUUCUUCUUCUCUCCGUUACUACUUUAUUUCAUCACCUCCUGUUCAAUAUUUGCUUUUAACUGUGUGGUGGAGAUGGUUGCUCGUGUCCCACAAUGCAUCUCUUACUGUGGAUUCAUGGGAAAUCUUUCUUUCCACUCCCACCUUAAGACUUUUUGCUCCUCAUUUGUAAUGCCACUGUAUUUGUGUAUUUUAAAAUUGUGUAAAUAAAUUAAUAAGUACUUGUA